AUGUUGCCUGUUCUAGAGCUGACACGAGAUCCUCCCGAAGGUAUCAUUGCCGGGCCAGUGGAUGUUGAGAACUUCUUUGAAUGGGAGUGCUACAUCACCGGUCCGGAAGGGACAUGUUUCGAAAAUGGUGUGUUCCCGGCCAGGAUCACAUUCCCACAGGAUUACCCAUUAUCACCACCAAAAAUGCAAUUUACCUGUGAUAUAUUCCAUCCGAAUAUCUAUCCUGAUGGUCGUGUUUGCAUCAGUAUAUUGCAUGCGCCUGGUGUUGAUCCAACUGGCUACGAGACAAGCGCUGAGCGUUGGUCGCCAGUUCAGUCGAUCGAAAAAAUCUUAAUUUCUGUGAUUUCGAUGCUUGCUGAGCCAAACGAUGAGAGUGCAGCGAAUGUGAACGCAGCAAAGAUGUGGCGUGAAGAUCGAGAACAGUUCGAAAGAAUCGCUGACAAUUUGGUUCGUCAGACGCUGUGUCUUCCGACGAAUACGAGUGAAUAA